AUGACCUGUCAAGUGAAACCCGAAGAGAAUGUGGGACGUGAGGAGGCAUCAUGGAAACACAAAGAGGAAAUGCAGGAAAAGUAUCCCCAACUCUUCGAGCUACAUGAUAGUGAUGAUUACAACACAAGUUCUGACACUGAUUUAGUAGAUGAGAUUAAUGAAGAAGAAACAGUGGAUUUGAGGUUAGAUGGGGAAGAGAAAACGCCAGUAAUGAGUAGCAAUGAUAUUGAUUUGGACCCUACUAUUGGCAUGGGUGAGAAAAUAAUAGACAAACGGAGAAAGGUGGAUUACCAGCCGCGUGUGUCAAAGAAAAGUAACUGUGGGACUUUAAUGAAGAUCAAGAGUAGUAAUGAAGUAUGGGUGGUGGAUAAAUUUGAAAAGGAUCACAACCAUAUUUUGGUGGACAAGAAUGAGGCUUUCAGACUUAGAUCACAUCAGAAAAGGCAUAAUAGUACAGUUAAUCUUGUACAACGACUGCAUAAGGGUGGGAUACCACCUGCACAAAUGACGAGAGUUGUAAAUGAUUUUGCUGGGGGUGAGCAGUUUGCUGUAACACCUCUAAAUGAAUUUGUUACUCAAUACGAAGAGGCUGUCUUGAAAAGAAGAGGAAAAGAAGCCAAGGAAGAUGCUAUCUGCAUCACCUCAGUCCCUACUUGUGCUACAGGUCACAAAAUUGAGCAACAAGCCACUAACGUUUAUACCAAUAAGGUGUUCAAAGUUUUCUCUGUAGAGUGGUACGCUACUUUAGGUCUACAAGCGAAUCAAUGUAAUGAUGAAAUUAUAGAGAAGAGAUACAAGGUGUUUAAGAUGGAUAGGGAACGAGAGAAUGAUGUUCAAUAUGUGUUGGAUAAUCAGCAGGCUGAUAUCACAUUUUGUGGAUGUAACUUAUUCAAUAACAAAGGUAUGCUGUGCAGACAUAUAUUUAAGAUAUAUGUGAUAACAGACAGAACCCAUAUUCCGGAGAGGUAUAUCAUGCAUAAGUGGACCAAAGUUGUCCGAUAUAGUAACACCUCAUCUGGAUGUGUGGGAGGGUCAUCUGAAGGACAGACACAACAACCAAUAUGGCUUUUACAAGACCUUGUCAAUAUAUUUGCAAGAGAAGGUUCUCUUUCUGCAGAGAGGUUUCAAGUUGCUUUAACUAUAUUGAAAAAAGGUUUAGUGCAGUCAUCAUCAAAUUCUUCUUCAAAAACAAUUUCUUCAUCUUCUUCAUCAUCCGAAGACAGCAUAACUAAAUCUGGUGCAAUAUCUGGCAAGUCAUCUAUCAAAAUAGCAUCAUCAUACGAAUCUCCUGCUGCAAUAGGUGGUGCUGGUGGAGCUGUUGGAUUAACUAAAGUUGCUGGUGGAACUACAUGUGGCGCUGGUGGAGAUGCUGGGGGAGGAUAUGGUCAUGGAGGAAAACUUGGUGGAGCAGCUGGUGGAGAUGCUGGUGGAGGAGAUGGUCGUGGAGGAAACCUUGGUGGAGCAGCUGGUGGAGGUGCUGGUGGAGGAGAUGGUCGUGGUGGAGAUGCUGGUAGAGAUGCUGGUGGAGGAGAUGGUAGUGGAGGAAACCCUGGUGGAGCUGCUGGUGGAACUGCAUAUGGAGGAUCUGAUGGAGAUGCUGGUGGAGUAGAUGAUUUUCGCGGAGGAGGAAACCCUAGUGGAGCUGUUGGUGGAGAUGCUGGUGAAUCAGCUGCUGGAUCUGCUGGUGCUGAUGCUGGGGUAGUUGGUGGUGGAGCUGCUGAACCUCCUUGA